ACAAUACAAUACAAUACAAUACACUGAAACUUGUCCAUUUUGCUCUAUCACUGAGUCUGUCAUCAUCAUCAUUCAUUCUCAUCCAUGGAAACCACCAAGCUCUGGAACUCUCCACACUUUCCUUUCUCCACCACCGCCAAUGCCAAUGCCAAUGCCAGACCCACACACCGCGUUUCUCUCAAACUUCCAUUUCCAUCAACACCACCACCACCACCACCACCUUCCCGCCUCCACGUAGCUCCCAUUGCGUACUCGCCAACACCACCCAAUCGAGACCUUCGAACCCCUCAUAGCGGGUACCAUUUUGAUGGUUCAGCUCGGAAAUUCUUUGAGGGUUGGUACUUCAAGGUGUCGAUUCCGGAGCGGAGGCAGAGUUUCUGCUUCAUGUAUUCGGUGGAGAAUCCUGCGUUUCCCAACCCAUUGACGCCUUUGGAAUCGGUUCAAUAUGGACCUAGGUUUACUGGUGUUGGGGUUCAGAUUCUUGGUGCUGAUGAUAACUACAUUUGCCAAUACACUCCACAAUCAAACAACUUCUGGGGGAGUAGGCAUGAACUCUUAUUGGGGAACACUUUCGUGGCGAAACCAAAUUCAAAACCUCCAAACAAGGAGGUUCCUCCUCAGGAAUUUAAUAAUAGAGUGCUGGAAGGUUUUCAAGUCACUCCCCUUUGGAAUCAAGGUUUCAUUUGCGAUGAUGGAAGGUCAAAUUAUGUAGAAACAGUAAAGACGGCUCGUUGGGAAUAUAGUACACGCCCUGUAUAUGGAUGGGGUGAUGUUGGGUCCACACAGAAGUCUACUGCUGGCUGGCUUGCAGCUUUUCCUGUUUUUGAGCCACAUUGGCAAAUAUGCAUGGGUGGUGGAUUGUCAACAGGUUGGAUAGAGUGGGAUGGCGAGAGGAUUGAGUUUGAAAAUGCCCCAUCUUAUUCAGAAAAGAACUGGGGCGGAGGAUUCCCAAGAAAGUGGUUUUGGGUUCAAUGUAAUGUUUUAGAAGGUGAGGGUGCUAGUGGAGAAAUUGCACUUACAGCUGCUGGUGGAUUGAGGCAAAUUCCUGGGAUAACCGAGACCUUUGAAAAUGCUGCACUGAUUGGAGUUCAUUAUGGUGGAAAAUUUUAUGAAUUUGUGCCAUGGAAUGGUUUUGUUAACUGGGAAGUCACUCCUUGGGGUUAUUGGUUUAUGUCUGCAGACAAUGGCAGUUAUCUGGUUGAAUUAGAAGCAAAAACAGAUGAUCCCGGUACUCCAUUGCGUGCGCCAACAUCAGAAGCAGGCCUUUCACAAGCUUGUAAAGACACAUGUUUCGGAAUUCUUACAUUGAAAAUAUGGGAACGAAGAUAUGAUGGCAGCAAGGGGAAGAUCAUAUUGGACGUUUCAAGUGACAUGGCAGCUCUAGAAGUUGGAGGAGGUCCAUGGUUCAGCACUUGGAAAGGCAAGACGACAAUGCCACCGGUCAUUGGCCCUGCUCUUGGAUUACCCGUAGACCUAGAUGGCAUUUUUAAUGCGGUUCCUCUGUUUAAACCACCUGGUUUGUGAUCAAUUGGUUUAUAUCUUUCUUUCAGUUUGAUUUGAAGUUUGUAUAAACUCUCUUAUAGCAUGUUUGGUUUCACGGGUGGAAUGAUCCAGAAUCACCUCUAGUUAGAAGCCAUAAGUUUUUGUAGUUUGUAAGUAAUCAUAUAUAAAUUAUGUCAAAUUGUGAAGCCAAACAGACAUUUAGUGAAGGCAGGUAUUCAGAGAAAAGUUCAAUGUUUAUAUAUAGAAAGAUCAAAAUGAAAAGAA